AGCCGUUUCUUUGGGGGGAGCGUUGCGUGACAUCCCAAAAAACGGCUGCGGAGGAGACUAGGUAGACCCCCGCCUUAACAGAGUUCUGUUUUAGACCUUCUCUCACUAGUCUGCGGGAUGGCGUUACGCCCACUUUUAGUUACUGCUAUUUUAAAAUUUCGCUUUCCUGUAACUUGAGCGCUGCAAAGUUCACGAGAACACCACUGAGCUGACUGAAGCAGUAUUUAUUCGAGUUCUCUGUUAAUUUCCUUUCCCUUUGAGAGUCAUUUCUGAAUCAAAGAUUACAAGAUCUAUAACGCAUUUCUGGCUGACUGUUCACUAUGGGGUGUGGCUGGUUGAAGUUUACGUUGUCCAUUCCGCGUGAUGAGCCGAUGACGAAAACAGAGAAAUUCACUCAGUGGUCCUGUUUGCUCGCAUAUGUCGUAGGAGGCUGUACCUUUCUUGUGGCACCUCAACUUUGGGCGUUAGUACUACAGUUGGACCUUGAUGGCCGUUCUGAGGGGUACAUGCGCGUAGCGGGGAUCGGAGUGAUCGAGAUUGGUUUCAUUCUUUUGAUCGCAGCGCGCUCCAGCUUCAAGAUGUCCCGUCACCAGGAAUGUUUAGCUUCCAUUCCGGGUCGCCUGUUGUUAGUUAAUGGAAUAUUGCUGAUGAUGAUCCUAAGGAACAUGCUGCCACUCUCCUUUGCUCUUUUUUACAUGGUCCUUGAUUCGUCCCUCGCUCUUAUCACCCUGGUGAUUUGGCGCCUCGAUACAGAAGGAGCUUCAGUGGUAACCUUCUGCAAUGAAAUCUCUACAUCCAUUCUGCGGUGCCACGGUCCCAAAACAGGCGGGCCUACCAUGGUUAUCUUUUUCCUCGGCAUUUUUCAGUUGUUUUUCUGGCUUGUGCUAGUCAUAAGGCCUGAUUUGGCUCAGCGUAUGUUCAACUUGGAUCCGUUCCUGGGCUACUCGGGCGGAUAUCUGGCAGCCUACUUUUUCCUAGUUUCCAUUCACGGUUUAUACCACGUAGUCGGUGCUAGUAAUGUCAACCGCAGCUUGAGUCUUGUGUUCGUCUGUUACAGAAUCUCGCUGAAUGUCCCCGUGUUUACUAUUUUGUUUCUUGUUGGUCAGAUCGAGAGAAAUCUGUUCAUCACUUUGAUGAGUUUUGAUAUGUUAUUUUCCGUUAUAAUAUUUGUCUCCGUAAAACUAGAAAAGCAAAGUGAAAACAUUGCAAACGAAGAGGUGGAAAUGUUAAAUAAUUAAGUACUAAAAAGUAAUAACUUGAUUAUCGUUGAUGGAAUUACGUUUGGGUAUUUGCGAUUUUCCCCGCCACAUGUACAUCAACCGGAGCUGUUUGCAUUAGCGGUUUUUUCGACCUUAAGGAUUUUAAUGGUCUCAGCUGGAACGUCUCCGUGAAUUAAAACGUCUUUUUUUUAUGAAAAUCGUUAAGGUCACUAAAUUAAGGGGUCCCUAAUGAUGAGCAACUUGAGAGUUAUGUACAGGUCAUUGAUAUAGUAAUCAAGGUUUAUCGUAAAAUUAACUCAUGUUUUUCUGAGACAAUUAAGAUGACGCUUGGUUCCCUUGCAAUAAGCCAUUUUACAGUUGUGUGCUUAGGGCCUGUUUCUCAGAAGACCCGAAAACAUUUCGGGCUCGAAAAGCCAUUUUCAGUUAAUCGGUAUUUAAAGACAGAGAGGUGUACACGCCUAAAACUUCUUGUUCGAAGAGAACCUCUGUUCCUAUUAAGAAUACGUCAAUAAAACAGCUCAUUAGUCAUAAGAUUUGAGAUUUUGCUACGGCUUUUUGAGUGCGAAAACUUUUCGGGACCUUCGAGAAACGGGCCCCAGCAUGGCCAUGAAUGCAAGCGAGACUGGAGGUGACCUUGCUUUGAUACAGACCUCUCUGCCUUACUCAUUUAAAUGCCAACUAGUUAACAUAAGAACAACUUGAUUUACACGACAAAAGCAGUAAGGUCUCUAUCAAAACAAGGUCACCUCCAGCCUGGCUGCCAUUCAGAGGCCAGGUCACUAAGCAGACAACUGUAAAAGGGUCUAUUGAAAAAAUCUACAGAAUUGUUUUGCUUGAUUUUGGCUGUGUAAGCAAACGUUUUGUUAUAUUUUGCGCUACUUUUUAAUGUGUAAUGUAGUCAUUGUGAAAGUGAUGUGGUGUAAGGUCCCGUGUACACUACGCCCGAGGAAUUUGAAAACGGAGGUUUCACUCUAAAAUCGCAUCAAAUGUUUUUCGUCCACUCUACGCCGG